AUGUCAGACUCUCCUCAUUACACUCAGGGUAGUGAUGGAAUAACUUUCCAUGUUUCGACUGAGGCCGCAUAUGCAGCUGACUCUGCCAAUGAAGACCAGCAUCCCUCGGAUUCGCACUCAAAGAAUGGUGACCGUCUUGAAAGUUUUGAACAGAAGGGUUCACAGUCAUCAUCAAGCACCACUCACCUGACUAUCCAACUGUCAGAGGAUGCUGAGGGAAGCUCACUAAGUCAGCAAAAACUAGAGGAAUUGAUAAUGCAACUUUCCCGAUCAGGACAGUUGCAAUUAAAAGAGGAGAGCAAGAUUAUUAUAGAAAUACCCCAGGCCUCAAGUACCGCUACCGAACCAAGCCACGGCGCGACUGCAUCAACACUGCCUCCGGUCUCCAAGGUGGUCGUCGUGCCCUACCAACAGCAAUUACAAACAACAGUUUCAGCUGCCAAUUCUUACCAAACCAGUACCAAAGUUGUGAGCUCGGGAACAGCUGGAACUCCCGUGCCCUUACAACCUUACCAACUACAGUCAAAUCAGCAAGCUCCAACCUACAUUAUUAUCCCAGCAAGACAAGUGGGUGGCAACCAGCUGAAUAUCUCACCCAGUCAAAGUGGAAUCGCCACCUCGGAUACAGCCUCGUCGUCCUCCCUCCGCGUGCUAACACAACCUGGUCAGCGUGAGUUUAUUUAA